GCAUAGACAAACUACUACUGAUCUUCUACUGUCAGCAGUCAGCCAAAGAGGUUAAUUUUUGACUCAGCAGUCAGCUGAAACUGUCAAGAGAUCAUUCGUCAUUCGUUUGACAUCAGAAAAGUCAGAAUGGAAAAAGCGAUGUUUUAUUGUGAUGUACUGAUUAGAAUAUUCUUUAAUGAAAGUGAAAUUUGAAUCUCUUUCUGAACGUGUUACAUGAAUAAUGGAGGGUAUAAGCACAAAUGGAAAUACACAAGUUGUUCAAGUGAAAAAGGUAAAUUUGCUUGGACAGUUGGAGAUUUCUGUGUCCGAAUCUGAAAAACGAGCUAAUGGUACUUUGAAUAUCAGGGAUUAUUUCACUGUUUACUCUGUUGAAGUGAAAGUUAACAAUCCCGAACUGUUAAAUAGUAGAAAAUUGGUCAAAGUAACAUCUGUAUGGAGAAGGUACACAGAGUUUGAGCAACUCCGAAAGUAUUUAGUUGUAACCUAUCCUUUCAUUGUUGUACCUCCUUUGCCUGAGAAAAGGGUUAUGUUUGGAUGGCAGAAAACCUCUACGGAUACAUUUGACCCAAUUUUUGUAGAUCGAAGAAGGGCUGGUCUUGAAAAUUUUCUACUUAGAGUAGCAGCCCACCCUAUACUUGGAUGGGAUAUACAAUUCUUAGAAUUUCUCCAAAAUGAAGAAGGGUGGAGAGAAUCACAUAAAAGCAAUGGCUAUUUGCAAGCUGUUGAAAGUACAUUCAAGAACCUAUCCAUAUCCGUAAGAUCGAAAAAGAGAAGUGGAGAGUUUGAGGAAUUGAAGCACUACAGCAAUACUUUGUAUACAAACCUAAAUAACCUCCUCAAAGCUAGGGCUAGGAUAGCUGAAAAACUAUAUACAAUUCAUAAAUUGCAUGCAAACUAUGGAAGGGUCUUCAGUGAGUGGAGCGUUGUGGAGAAGGAUAUGGGGGAUGCGCUACAAAAAACUGGUCAUUAUCUGGAUUCCCUGGCAUCUUCAGUAGAUGGGACUCUUGAAGACGAAGAAAUUUUGAUUGACCAGAUGAAGGAAUACUUAUUUUUCGCCGAUUCUCUUCAGCAAGUUUGUAGGCAUCGUGACAUGUUACAACUACAGUUAGAAUCGGCUGAGGAAAAUGUCAAUAAUAAAAAUCUGGAACGUGAAAAGGCCCUACAGGGAAAGAUAAGUCUCAUCUCAAAACUUUUUGGUUCUGUGGACACUGAGGAACUGAGAGAAGCGAAAGUAAGCUUCUUGGAUCAGCAGAUUGAAGAAGGCAGCAAUGCUGUUGUCAAAAAUAAGGAGAGUUUGAGGGAGUUCACAGAUAAGGCUAUGGAAGAUAUAAAUAGGUUCCAGGAACAGAAAAUAUUAGAUCUCAAGGAUAUACUUACAAGCUAUGCCUUCUUACAACUGAAAGCAAGUAAAAAGAAUCUUCAAACAUGGACCCAAGUGAGAGAUUGUCUCCAAAACAUCACCUGAGAAUUUUAAACAUACUGAAUACAUUUUUAAUCUACUUGUCCAACUUGGGAAUGUAAAUUCACUGCUUUACUUUUGCAACGAUAUUCAACUUUGUUGAUUAAAAAAAAUGUAUUCAUUUUUGUCUUUGGGGCAAUUCAAUUUUUGUGCCAUGAAUAUUCUUCGGGUAUUCCCAAGAAUGGAAUAAAUUUAACCUAACUUCAAAUAUUUCAGAAGCAGCUUCAGUAAUUAGGUUUGAAAUUUAUUAUAUGAUUCAUCUCUACAGAAAUUGAACAGAAUGACAUAUUGGGAUCAAAAUCAACUUGUGCUUUGUAUCAAAGUCAACAUUUCAUUCAUCCAUUUUUUUAAUGAUAUCAUUCGCUUCUGUACUGUAGCUCAGAAUUCAGUAAAUUUGAUAUUCUUUGUUAUGUUUUUUUAGAUGUCUUUUAUUUUUUAUCAUAAUUUAUUUAUUUCCAUUUUGCAUUAUGAAGUUACCUGUACUUCGAAAUCAAUACCUUAUCAUGUUGGGUGAAAAAACCAUUUCAUGAUGCUUAUUGUUUUAUAUAUUUUAUUCCUGAUAUUAUAAUAUUUAGCUCAUUACGUUAUUUUACACAUUCUAUGUAGAAUAUACAUUCAGCAGUUGCAACUUAAACUUUAAAGGGAUAUAUUUAUGGAUGGAUUCUUGAAGAAGUAGUGCAAUAUUUGAGAAAACCUGCUUCUCCUUCACCAUUUGUGUGUUCAAACAAACUGGAAUGUAUAUUUCAAGUAUUUUUUGUUGAUGUACCUGUCUGUACUUACAUAUUAAAAUAUUCUUGUUAUCAAUAUCAUCAGUGUUCAAAAUAAAAUUCUCCAAUUGAUAUUA